AUGACGCUGCCUUCAUCUUACCAAACCUAGUUGCUGGGUAUGAAUGCGUUCCUACGCUACUAUAGCAUACUGUUUGUGUUAAGCUGAUCUCUAUCCGAACUGAGGAUUAAGGAGACCUGUGGUCAGAGUGAUAAGCGGAACUCUGAGGACGCCUCCGCCUCUUCAGCUCGAGCUCCGGUUCGGUUUAAACGGUUAGCAGCCUGAGGUCUGCCAUGAGUGGCCAUGUGGAACCAGAAUCCCAGACCAUCAGCCCGGACAUGCCGGCCAUGUUUGAUGGCAUGAAGCUGGCUGCAGUGGCCACGGUGCUUUACAUCAUAGUGCGCUGCCUUAACCUUAAGAGUCCCACUGCUGCCCCUGAAAUCACCUGUCAGGAUACCACCCUCAAUCGCUACCUAAUCAAGUCAUGCCCCAUCCUGUCCAAAGAGUACAUUCCACCCUUAUUGUGGGGUAAAAGUGGGCAUUUUCAAACUGCGCUGUAUGGAAAGAUGGGCCGGGUCAGUUCUCCACAUCCAUGUGGCGUGCGCAUGUAUCUUCCCAUGCAAGAUGGAGCUACAGCCACGUUUGACCUUUUUGAGCCUCUUGGUGACCAUCUAAGUGGUGAUGAUAUAACAAUGGUGAUCUGUCCUGGGAUCGGUAACCACAGUGAGAAGCACUAUAUUCGCACCUUCGUGGGUUACUCCCAGAAGCAAGGCUACCGAUGCGCUGUUCUCAACCACUUAGGGGCUCUUCCAAACAUCGAGCUGACCUCCCCAAGGAUGUUCACUUAUGGCUGUACAUGGGAGUUUUCAGCCAUGGUGAGCUAUAUCAAACGGGCAUUCCCCCAGACUCAGCUCAUAGUGGUGGGCUUCAGUCUUGGUGGGAACAUUGUGUGCAAGUUCCUGGGGGAGAACCAGAUUAAUCAGGAUCGGGUCCUGUGCUGUGUCAGUGUCUGUCAGGGCUAUAGCGCUUUGAGAGCUCAAGAGACAUUUCUACAGUGGGACAGAUGCAGGAGACUCUAUAACUUCCUCAUGGCAGACAACAUGAAAAAGAUCAUCUUGUCCCACAGAGGAAGCCUGUUCGGCACACGUUCCACCAAAAUGGAGAUAAUGGAUCUAAGUCGCCUGUACACAGCCACAUCUCUAAUGCAGAUAGACGACAACAUUAUGAGAAAGUUUCAUGGUCAUGAUUCUUUAAAAGAAUAUUAUGAAAAGGAAAGCUGUGCACAUUAUAUUCACAAUGUAACGGUCCCUCUACUUCUGGUGAACUCUUCAGAUGAUCCUCUAGUCCAUGAUUCUCUACUGACCAUACCUCGGGCACUAGCAGAAAAGAAAGAGAACGUGAUCUUCGUGCUGACGCUGCAUGGAGGGCACCUGGGCUUUUUUGAAGGUGCUGUGCUCUUCCCUCAGCCUCUUACAUGGAUGGAUAAAGUUAUCGUCAGUUAUUCUAAUGCUAUCUGCCAAUGGCAGAAGCAACAGCCACAGUGCCACCAAGCAACAGACUGCACAGAACUCAAAGGCAAAGCGUAGCACUUUUCAAUAUGCCUCAGUUUACUCAAACGAAUAACUCAAGAGCAUCCAAUGCGUGAUGCGUUAACCGAGUGUAUACCCUCUGGAUGAACUGCAGUCUUGCACAUUCACAUAUCUCUAUGAUCACAGCUGGCUUUAGCACAGUAACUCUAAUGAAUUCACCACUAUCACACACACACAAUACAACAUACAAUUUACAGGGUGACAAGUGAUAACACAGGGUAUAUGGAUUCAUAUUGAGCUGGAACAAGACUCAGUUUCAUUUUUUUCUUUAUAAAUGUACACUGAGAAAUGAAAGGCAUGUGUUCCAACAUUUGAACAGAUGUUUUGUAAAAGAAUCUUUGUGGGAAGUUGUCAGAAAUAUGGGGAGAUUAAUGUCACAGAGAGGUAGCACUUUUUCAGAACACUAUAAUUAUUUGAUUGGAGAAAAGUAGUUUUUCUUGUAUCUCAUUUAGUUUAGUAUGAUUUUGUUUAUUAUGAUAGUACAGGAUGACUCCAUAGCAAGAAAUUUCAGUUUUCCUCUGUAUUGCAGUGUCGCCCCCUGGUGGCAGCUAGUGAAAUCAGAUGAUUUUCUAUUAUAUAAAAGUGCAAAAAAAUUAAAUAAAUGUCGAGAUCAUUUUUGGCCAAGCAGUUUAAUAUUAAGUGGUAAAUCUUGGUGUGUAUGGUAUGUACAUGUAUGUAAAGCAAUGACGUUUUUUCUGUGUCUCAUGUUGAUUACUGGUGAGUAUACUGCUGUGCGUCUGUAUGUCUGUCAACUUCGUGUUGAUGUUGCUUCAUUAGUUACAGUGGAGGAUAAAUCCAGAAAGGAAUCUUUAAGAAAAAGAAUGUGCAACACAUCAUUCAGCCUUAACCACCCUGCCCUAGAUAUGACGUGUUGAACUGUGAGCUCAGUGAGACCUGUUUCUUUUUUUUCUUUUCGAUUUCUUUAUUUUUUUUCAAUGUGGCAUUACAAAAUAGUCCACUUAGUAAGAAGAAUUGGAUUUGACCAGUGUGACAUAAUACUGUAAAGUACAGUAGUUUUCAUUAUUUAGUCACCAGAGUUGCCCAGUCUCUUCCAAAUCUUUGUCUAAAUAUAACAACAGCUUUUCUGUUUGGAGUUUAACCUGUUAAUCUCUUAUUGUUCCAUAAAUCCAGCCUAGUGAUGGAUUAUGUCCCACUAUAGUUCCAUGAGUGCACACCAAACGUGGGAUAAUGUUGUAAAAUACAGUGUUUCUGCAAAAUAAAGUUAUUUUUGCAAUGA